AUGGCUUCUCUUCAAGCUUCAUGCACUGUUCUCUCCACCAAUCCCCGCUCCCAUUCCUCCUCCUCAACUCAGCCGCUCUCCGCCAAGCCAUCACAUCUGUUCACCCACUCGAGGCGGAGUCACCGCUUUCAAGUGUCAUGCGAUGCCAAGAAAAAUGUCGAAACUUCCCAAGGGAAGAUCGAUAGGAGAAAUAUGCUUCUGGGGCUAGGGGGAAUGUAUGGUGCAGCCAACCUUGUGGCAAAUCCUUCGGCCUAUGCCGACCCGGUACAAGCUCCCGACUUCACCAAGUGCGGCGAUGCCCGUGACGCUCAGACUGGCGCUGCUCUAGAUGUUAAAUGUUGCCCCCCGCUUGCCGACAAGAUCAUCGAUUACAAGCUUCCACCGUUUCAGGUGAUGCGCAUUAGGCCGGCUGCUCAUAGGGCCAGUAAAGAACAAGUGGCCAAGUACGAAGAAGCCAUUAGGCGCAUGAGGUAGCUUGAUACAACCGAUCCGCAAGAUCCACGUGGCUUCAUGCAGCAAGCCAAUAUUCAUUGUGCCUAUUGCAAUGGAGCCCAUGACCAAGUCGGG